UAUGCAAAAGGACCUAUACUUUCUCUCAGAACUAAACCCAUCUUAAGCCAUUAAGCAUUUUCAGAUUUCAGUAGAAAUAUUUGUAUUUCAUGGUGUCUUUUUAAAACAAGAAACUUUGAGUUCUAUAGCGAGUACCAGAAAACCUGGGGAUCAGCCAUUGUAUUUGAUGCCUUCAUAUUUAUAUUAAAAAAAGUAUACGAUCUGCCAUCACACAGCAUUCACUCUGUCUGUGUGAAGAGGAGAAGGAGAGGACAAAAGGCAAAGUGUCUUUGAUCACCUGUUGAUGUUGGAGAAGGCUGGAACAGCAGGCCAGGAAAAGCAAAAGCAAGAUCAUUUGAAGGAGCUUCAUGCUGCAAUAUUAACACUCCGUGCUAAAAGAGAGCGACUUUUUGCUGAAACGGCAGCAUUAAAGGAUCUAAAAGACAAACUGGACCAAGGGCUGCCAUUGGAGGAAGAGGAAACUGAUGACUUCAUGCAACUUGAGCAAUUUCUGCUGAAAUCCAGACUAAUGCAGCUGAAGGACCUUCAAACAGUUUAUCACCUCAUAGGUGGAUAUAAUCUGAUAGAGAGUAAACAAGGUAAAAGUGUAUGUGUGUCAUUUCGCACUGCUUUUGAAGGCAUGUACUUGGAAACGUAUAAUCUGGAAAUGGACUUGAGACGCACUGUGCAGAUCAGUCGUCAUAACAUCCCUCCAUGUGUCCCGCUGGAGAGACUUGCCAAAGAGCAUCUACAGGCUGAUUUUAAAGCUUUCCUUGAGAUCCUAAGCCUGCACCUCAAUGCUUUAGCUGGACGCAAGCAACAGGUUUUGCUCAUCAAGGAGCUCAUUGGGACAGUGGAAAUAAUUGAAAGAAAUCAACUUUGCAACUUUCUCGUCUUCAUGUGCAAAAUACAAGAGGAGACUGAAGCAGCUGUUCUGUGCACACUGGAGUAUGGUGACCUCACCCAGUGUCUGCCUACUCGUGUUACCAUUGAGAGUGAAAAUAAAACACUUGCAGAAUCUCCACAAUGGAAGAAAAACCAGGUGCUACUCAUGGAGUCUCCAGUUCACAGUGCUCUUUUGACCAUGAGGAAAGUGGGAAGCAUUGUCUGAGUGCAUGGUGCAGGAUUUUAAAGAUGUAUUAUUAAUAUGCUCAAUUCAUAUAAUCGGCAUUUAGACAUACUUGUGUUCAGCUUAAUUUCCUUUGGUAAGGCAAAAAAAGGAUACCAUGGAUACUUAGUAAUUCAUUGGGAGCAGAACUAGCUUCAAGAGUUCAAGCAUUUUUUGAUAAAUAUACCAAGCCUUCACAUAACUGUCUCAGUCCACAGUAAGCCUGAAAUGGAAGGACGAUAGCAUGAAAUCCUUGCAUACUCUAUUAGAGCUCAUACUAUAGAGCCCUGCUGGUGACAUAUAAAUAAAAAUAAUGUGUGGUCACGCAUUAUUAACUUGUGGAAACGAGUUCCUAUUGCAUGGCAACGACUUGACAUAAUGUGGGAAUGACAUAAUUAAGUCAUGGCCAUGACUUAGUAAGGUGUGGGAACGAGAUCAUACCUUACCAAGUUGUGGCCACGUAUUAUUUUUAUUUAUACAUUAUGUCACCAGCAGGGCUCUGUACUCAUACAGUGUAUAUACUCAGAUUGUUUCUAGAGUCCUGAGGAAAAUCUGCAUUUUCUGUUGAAUUUUUUCUCUCUGGAUUUGUUUCAGUCUUUCCUUUCUUUGUCUCUCUUGUUCCUCUUGGCUUGCCAACUCUUUUUGAGAAAUGCUGUCAAUUAACGAUAUUUCCUUUAAUUGAAUGAUGGAUAACGGACCUGUUUCUGAAGCCUUUCUUCUGAAGGCUGGUGUUAGCGAGAGAGCAGAACUCUGCAUCAAGGCAGAUGGUGAUGCGGACUUUGAGGACCUCGUUCUUACGAGCUGAUCUGUUGCAUUUGAAAGAAAUUUAGAUGAAUGCGUCCCUCUUGCAGCUGGAGCUGACCUUGAAUGACGAAUAUGUUGCAGGUCAUUUUUUGUCUCUGAUAUGGCUCUCAUUGUAUUGUUAAUAGUUGCGUAAGGUUCACAGACUCUCAAAUGCAGCAACUUUUUGUGUUCCGUCAACAAUAAUUCUCGCUCCUGAUAAAGCAGUUUGAGAUUUAAUCUGUAUUUUCUGUGGAUUUGUUCCAGUUUCCACUGAAGAUGAGUGUCUUCUUUGUGAUUCAUUAGUCUCACAUCCAUAAACAGCAAUGGUCCUUUAAAGUUUGACCUUGUAGUCAUGUUGAUAUGAUGUCCUGAGGUACAAUACAGCAAAGCAAAUUGGUUAUAAGAGUGAGCUCAACAGAAGGUCUAAAUUCUGUUCAACAUGAUUUUUUUUUUUGUAAAUAGAAAAGCUUUGGAAUAUGUGAGUAAUGUACAACUACACACAGUCUUGAAUGUAAUUAAAUAAAUGUAAAUGACAUA